CUCACAAGGACUUGAUGUCCUGAUCGGAUGCUUGCGUACUAUGGUGAACGUGACUAAUCACAACGAAGCCUGGGCUAAUCUAUUGACGACGCCCAUUCUACUUCAAACACUUUGCGGCACUUUGAAUCUUUGUCGACAAGGCUACCAGAAGUUUAUGAGCAAGGUUGAUCCUUCUCCUCAACCACUACAUACAGCAUCCGAGUCACCAGUUGAAAAAGAUAAAAAAACAUCUGAAGGGUUCAAUCGUGUCGCGCAAGAAAUUGUUUUCGAUCUGAUCUGUGUCACGCUGGGACUACUUGCCAAUCUCGUCGAGCAAUGUUCGAACGGCAAGCAACUAAUAAGGACUGUUUUCAUUCACGAUUUCCGACUGGUUCUGACCAGAAAAUGCUGUAUAAAGUGUCAAUGUGGGAACUCAGUCAGUGCGUUUGAAGAGCUGGUGGGACUCUACCUUUAUCCACCUUGCAAGGCCCCUGCAGAAGCAGACUUUGUACGCACUUCAGUCUGCUUGCUGCUUAAUAUUUGUAUCAACAUCGAAUCUGAGGACGAAGUGAACACCCUGCGUCAGGCAGUGGAGUCAAAUCACAAUAGACAAGGCUCGACUCACCAGGUUGCAAAAUCAAUGAAAUCAUUGAUGAUCGAUAUGAGCAAUGCUCAAGAAAUACAACCGGAAGAUGAAUGAUUGUAGAGGCUGAUAGAUGAUAACUGGGAGUUCGAUUGUCGAAAGAUGAAGAUGAACAUAAUCACGUUCCUCACGCUUGAAUAGAUCGCAAGUUUUUUUCUACUACUGUUCGGGGUCUUUUUCGCUUGUCUUGAUCACCAGGGUUGGUUAUAUGUAUUCGAUUCUUGAAAGAUUGAUGGACAAUUAAUGGACUGUGGAUAUAUACUCUGUGGAUGGCGCUUUGGCACAGUAUAUUUGACUUGUUUUUCGUUUUUCGGUGCACAUAGAGUAUCUGUAUCAUAUUACCUUUGAAUCUUUGGAACAGACGGAGAAACAUUUCUAAU